UUCAUAAUUUCCUGAGUCAUUGUUCCCCUGGUUCAAACAACCUGAAACGAAACAGCUCCUGGGCAUCCCCACUUGUCUUUUAAAGUGUAUUUAACAAUGGAGGGUACGGUAUCAAAUGUGGAGGUCUGUAAUUUUGCUUACACGGGACAGUUUGAGAAAUUCAAAGAGGCCAUUCUUUCAGAUAAAACGCUUGCCUGCAAAACGGACCAGGACCGCAGAACCGCCCUGCACUGGGCUUGUUCUGCUGGACACACCAACAUUGUGGAGUUUCUGCUCGAGCUGGGAGUUGAAGUGAAUGAAGAAGAUGAUGCUUUGUGGACCCCUCUUCACAUUGCAGCAUCCGCAGGCAGAGAAGACAUAGUGAAAUCUCUAAUAUCCAAAGGAGCGCAGCUGAAUUCAGUUAAUCAAAAUGGAUGCACCCCUCUGCACUAUGCCUCCUCUAAAGACAUAUAUGAGAUUGCCCUGCUGUUGUUGGAAAACGGAGCAGACCCCAAUGUCAGCGACAAGUAUGAGUCCACUCCCCUUCACAGAGCGUCUGCCAAGGGCAACCACCGCCUCAUCCAGCUGCUUCUCAAACACAGUGCCUCAACCAACAUCCAGGACUCACAGGGCAACACACCACUCCACCUGGCGUGUGAUGAGGAGCGCGUGGAAGCAGCCAAGGUGCUGGUGGAACAUGGGGCCAGCAUCUACAUUGAGAACAAGGAGGAGAAGACCCCCCUCCAGUUAGCCAAGGGCGGUCUGGGCAGCGUACUUCGUAAGAUAGUUGAGGGAUGAUUCAUUUACUGACCCACAGGUCAUGCUCCAGCUUCAAUCCCCACCAUCCCAAGUUGCAUAAUGAGAAUUCUCCUCCCGGUCAGUCCUCCCCGAGCGGCCUGGUGUGACACAGUCAGAUGUGUAACAGGUGGAAGAUGAGAUGGUGUCAGGGGGAAAAGUUGGACUGCAGUGCAUCGUUAUCAGCUCAUCAGAUGGGGGCAGUGAAACUGCUCAGACUUUAGAUGUCUGAUCAAAAACACUCUCUCAUGCACUUCCCAAUACGGCAGCCUAUUUUCUUAUGAUCUAUUUCUUUUUACGGUUGAAUUGUUGUUGACAUUUACCAAAUAAAAUCUAUAUCAAUAAAGGCAUAAUAAAGU